AUGUCUGCCCCCGUCGAAACCCUGGACGCAAGCUGGAAGAAGGCCUUGACCAGCGAUGUUGCUGUGCUCAAGUUGGCAUCUUCCGAGGGUAACGUGGGUUUCCUCUCCAUCUUCUCCGAGAAGACCCUCGUGAGCCUCCAAGCGGAGACCUCCUCUCUUCGCCAAGAUCUGAUGGCAAUGGACAUCAAUACCAUGUAUAACAACUCGGACGUCUACCAGAGGCUCAGCCAGAAGACGACUGAGGGCCUUCAAGCUACCCAGAACGAGGUUGAGCUAGUCAAGCGCAGCCUGGAAGAGAACGCGAGUGGCCCUGACGCCAAGAAUGACGCUGGCUGGCAGGCUUUGCUGCGCAGCUCUGUUGAGCAACAGAAGAAGAACAGCGAUAAGCGAUGGGAUGAUCUCCUCACUAUCGGCCUCACGGAGAUUGAGAAGCUUCCCCCAACGAUGCGAUCUGGUGCAGCAACCACCUACACGGCCGGCCUGAGUACCAUUGGUGCUUUCGCUGGGAAGGUCAUUGACGCGCUGAAGGGCUUUGUCGGCCGUAUCAGCGAGUUCGUCACCAGGGCCUGGGAGAAGAUCAAGGAAUUCGGGCAAUCUGUCUACAACUGGGCCUCCAGCGCAUGGUCUAGCGUCAAGGGAAUCUACGGCAGUGUUUUCUCUGCUCAGGGUCUCUCUACUCAGAGUCUCGUUGCUCAAAGCACCUUUUCAUCUCCGAAUUCGAACGGCGAGAUUGCUCCUCGCACCCUGAGAAAGGUUCUUAGUAACGCGGCAUUUAAUGGAGCCGGCGACUCAGAAACGAUCAUGGUACCCGCCGGUUUGCUUCGCAGUCUGGCCGAGUUCCUGUGGUAA